UUGGACCUGUGAUUCCUUGGUUCUCACAAUCCUCUCCACUCUAAGAAGCAGGGUGAGCCCACCAGGAGCAAUGGAGCAGGGCAGCGGCCGCUUGGAGGACUUCCCUGUCAAUGUGUUCUCCGUCACUCCUUACACACCCAGCACCGCUGACAUCCAGGUGUCCGAUGACGACAAGGCGGGGGCUACCUUGCUCUUCUCAGGCAUCUUUCUGGGACUGGUGGGGAUCACAUUCACUGUCAUGGGCUGGAUCAAAUACCAAGGUGUCUCCCACUUUGAAUGGACCCAGCUCCUUGGGCCCGUCCUGCUGUCAGUUGGGGUGACAUUCAUCCUGAUUGCUGUGUGCAAGUUCAAAAUGCUCUCCUGCCAGUUGUGCAAAGAAAGUGAGGAAAGGGUCCCGGACUCGGAACAGACACCAGGAGGACCAUCAUUUGUUUUCACUGGCAUCAACCAACCCAUCACCUUCCAUGGGGCUACCGUGGUGCAGUACAUCCCUCCUCCUUAUGGUUCUCCAGAGCCUAUGGGGAUAAAUACCAGCUACCUGCAGUCUGUGGUGAGCCCCUGCGGCCUCAUAACCUCUGGAGGGGCAGCAGCUGCCAUGUCAAGUCCUCCUCAAUACUACACCAUCUACCCUCAAGAUAACUCUGCAUUUGUGGUUGAUGAGGGCUGCCCUUCUUUCGCGGACGGUGGAAAUCACAGGCCCAAUCCUGAUGCUGACCAGCUAGAAGAGACACAGCUGGAAGAGGAGGCCUGUGCCUGCUUCUCUCCUCCCCCUUAUGAAGAAAUAUACUCUCUCCCUCGCUAGAGACUAUUCUGAUAUAAUAACACAAUGCUCAGCUCAGGGAGCAAGUGUUUCCGUCAUUGUUACCUGACAACCGUGGUGUUCUAUGUUGUAACCUUCAGAAGUUACAGCAGCGCCCGGGCAGCCUGACAGAGAUCAUUCAAGGGGGGAAAGGGGAAGUGGGAGGUGCAAUUUCUCAGAUUGGUAAAAAUUAGGCUGGGCUGGGGAAAUUCUCCUCCGGAACAGUUUCAAAUUCCCUCGGGUAAGAAAUCUCCUGUGUAAGGUUCAGGAGCAGGAAUUUCACUUUUUCAUCCACCACCCUCCCCCUUCUCUGUAGGAAGGCAUUGGUGGCUCAAUUUUAACCCCAGCAGCCAACGGAAAAAUCACGACUUCUGAGACUUUGGGAGUUUCCACAGAGGUGAGAGUCGGGUGGGAAGGAAGCAGGGAAGAGAAAGCAGGCCCAGCUGGAGAUUUCCUGGUGGCUGUCCUUGGCCCCAAAGCAGACUCACUAAUCCCAAACAACUCAGCUGCCAUCUGGCCUCUCUGAGGACUCUGGGUACCUUAAAGACUAUAAAACAAAACAAAACAAAAACAUCAAACCAAUGAAAUAAAAUAAAUCAUGUCUCCUGCUGGAAUAGUAUUGGAUACCUGACUAAAUUACACAAAAUAGACCAUAAUAGGAUAGCGCUGUGAAUACAUCCUUCCUGAUCCCUGAGUCACAGUGACCCUUGGCUGCUGCUGUUCUCUUCUGCAAGGUUGAAGCUUGACGUGUGAUGUACAUGGGUGGGCUCUUGGUCCACCCCAGGCUGGGGCCUGCGCCAAGCAUGAACUAGCUGGGACCAGUGGCUGACAGAACACAGGACUUCCCUAAGUACCCGUAGGUCUGUGGAGCAAGACAGAGCAGAGUUGCCAUGUCAACACAUGGGGAAUGAUAUGAUAGAAACAAUCUUUAUGACUAAAAGAAACUCAUCUUCUUCAUUAAAAAAACUUUGGUGUCCUUAAUCUCUCUGAAUUUGGCUGUGUAAUAAACAACUGGAACUGACUCACAGACUUCAGAAGAGACAGUUUAAAACCAUUAGGUUUUAAAAGAAAAUAUUUGCUUUGGGCUUCAAAGGCAAUGCCACUCAAGUUAAGGGUGGUACAUCCUAAAGGAAGACACAGGAUUUAGCAAUUCUUAAAAAAAUUUUGACAUCGCGUUUGUAUAUGGAGCAACUUUUAUUAAUUUUGAUCAGAAGUAUCUAGCUUUCCAAGGCUAUGAGUGAAGUAAGCUUGGUAUAUUAUUGUUGUCAUUUAUGUUAUAUCUUAGGGACAAAACCUUUUCACAUACACUGUCAUGUUUGAUGAUAGGUGAUAAGUGAAAAUGAUUUCAUUUAAAGAAAUUAGCUUUAUGUUCAGCAGAUCCCUGAGACACUGGUCCCUAGCUGAGGGCCAUUGGUUUUGGAGAAGAAGUUUGGUGACAAGGACCAGGCUGAGCAUCACCAGUGGCAUGCUGACCAGCAGAUGACAUUUUGGGCCCCUCAUGCCACCCUUACCUUGAGUGCUUCUCUCACUGUCUCUCCCCAGCCCCCUGCCAUUCUCACCCACCCCAUAAUUUUAUGUUCAUAAAUUUCGGCUACAAUGAACAUCAAAAGUAGCUCAAAAAAAAAAUGUUAUUAGGAAAGGGCAUCCCCACAUACAGCUGGGUAGGGCAGAGCAGCCAGUUUGUCUUGGAGAUGCCUAGAGUCAGAUAUGCAGGGAGGUGGCCUGGAGGGUUGGGACGGUUAUUUUCUGGCACCAACAAUUCCUGUUCCAAGACAGAGGGAAAAGUGCUAAUGUAGAGGUCAUUUAUGCUUCCAAAGAGAGUGCUUCAGGGGUAACGGCUUCAAGAGCUCGAGGUAGGAGUAGGAUCUGUAGCAGUCAGGGAUCAGAAAAAAGGAAUUUGUUCAUUAGUGCAAUAUUUAUUUAUUGAGCAUCUACUCUGUGUCUGGUCUGGGUCCAUCAGGUGGAAAUAUAACUUAAAAAUGUCACCAAGAAGAGAGCAUACAUGGUUCUGCCCUUGCAGAGCCUCUAGUCUAGUAGUCUAGUGGGGGAGAAAGAUACGGAUUCAUUAUCUGUAUUAAUUGUCUAUUAAUUAUUCUCUGACACCACUGAGAAGUCCUGUAGCCCUAAGAGGGAUUUGGACUCAUUAAAGGGUCAUGAGGCUUGCUUCGGAAGUGAAGUCAGGGUCAUUGCCUUGCAUAAUCCCAGAGAGCACUUUUCACAGGGUGUCUGUGGACCUGUGGAGACUGUGCUAGGAGCUAAAGGAACAGUGGCUGUCUCCUAGACAAAGAGGAGAGGGCAGGAGGGAGGGGCCUGGCAGAGCCCCAUGUGGGAGGCAGUGUUAUGAGGCAUUCAGCAGGUUGUGUAAACCUUUUUAUUUUUCUGCUGCUGCAACGCUCAAACAGAGGUGCCUUCCAGUAACCAAGAAAUUACACCCACCGAUUUUCUUGCUUUGAGACAACCACUCAUGCUCUCUAUUUCUUUAUUUGGGAAUUUCAGGGGCCAAUCUGAUGGGAAGCCCACUGAGUGGCUCCUAAACUCUGACUUCCAACCAGGUCCUUGCUACGUCUCUGACCAGCAGGACACAUUCUCGACAGAGUUUCUGUUUUGUUGUCCAGAUAUUUGCCUUUUAUCAUUCUUUCACUCAGUAUCUCAUCAGGGAUGAACCAUGGGAAACUAUGAUCUGGGGCACUGAUUGGAGUCCAGCUCCUGGCUAUGCUCUUCUCCCUUAGAUUAUCAGUGGAGGAAGCAGCCCUGGCUCGAGGCGGGUGCCUGAAGGUUUGGUGUCCAGCCAGAACCCACAGGGCCUGGUCAACCUUGUCAGUCUUGUCAAACAUUUUAGGCUUUAUUUAAAGAGCAGUUGGGAAGCCAUGGAAGUGUUUUUCUGAAGAGGGAGCUGCGAUCACAUUUUGCACAUUGACUGGUUAGGGCAAGACCCAGAGGGCAUAUACGGGUAUAAUAUUCACUUUGCUGGUGACAUUCAGAGCUAAGUGACCAGAAUAUCGGGAGCCAUUUCUCCCCUCUCCUCCAUCCUCAGCCUGGAGAGGGGCCAUGUGGUGGGCACGCUCUGGGGAUCUACACAGAAUUAAAAAUAAAGUUAAAAGGUCUUGUUGAUUACAGGAAACAAGUUUCUUUUCUUUUCUUUUUUUGAGAUGGAGUUUCGCUCUUGUUGUCCGGGCUGGAGUGCAAUGACGUGGUAUCAGCUCACUGCAACCUCUGCCUCCCAGGUUCAAACGAUUCUCCUGCCUCAGCCUCCCGAGUAGCUGGGAUUACAGGCAUGCACCACCAUGCCCAGCUAAUUUUGUAUUUUUAGUAGGGACGGGGCUUCUCCAUGUUGGCCAGGCUGGUCUCAAACUCCCAACCUCAGGUGAUCUGCCUGCCUCAGCCUCUCAAAGUGCUAGGAUUACAGGUGUGAGCCAUCGCGCCCAGCCACAAGUUUCUUAAGAACUUGUUAUCUCCUGGGAGCAAUUUGGGCUGGGUCUUUUGGCUAGAGUGACUGAUAACAGCUGAUGGUUUUGAUGGAGAGGAAAGGGAUCAUCCAGGUUUGAGAAACAAGGCUCAGACACCAAGGGGAAGAAGCUUUCACAAAGCUCUCAGGACUUUUCUUUCUCCUUUUUGGGCCACUGGAGGGUGGAUCUCUUGUGCAAGGAGGCUCUGUUUUCACUGCCCUCUAGGGAGUGCCUUCUAGAGGUGGAGGGCUUUCCAGAGAUCCCAGUCACAUUCCCUUCUGCUCUGCAGGCCAGGCACUGGUGUAAGUUUCAAAUUCACCACAUGGCUGUCUGCUACAAAACCAGCCCUUUGACUGCUCUCCUUACUUUUUCUUUUUUAGGUACAGCAUAAAAAUAAAGCCUCCUUUUUUUUCUGGAGAGCUGGCCUUGAGUCUCUGUUUUCAGCUUCAGACCUCUGGGGCUUCUCCGGUCCUGUUAGAUGACUAACAGUGAAAAUCUGUUGUUUAGCGUAGCCACCUCCAUCAAUGAUCUUAGCCAGAUCUUCUGAAUAACUUGCUGCAGCUUCUAAAUCAGCACUUGCUGCUUCGCUUUGCACUUUUAUGUUAUGGAGAUGGCUUCUUUCCUUAAACCUCAUGAAGCAACCUCUGCUAGCUUCCAACUAGCUGUUGAUGACUGUUAGAUCAGUGGAGUAGAUUGCACCGAAGCUGAAUACUGCUGGGUGGCCGUUCCCCUAAACAGAAGCUCUUCACAGUAACCAACGGGUAGACACCUUCUUACUUACCUAGAGGAGAGAGGCUCCAGCACACAACACAGAGGCUGAUGUGGUCUAGAUAUCAGUAGUGUCCCCACCCGUCACAACCUGCACUGUCUGGAGUGACUGCAGCUCACACCACUCAGCAUUUACUGAAAUGUCUCACUCAGAGCCCUUUACACAACCAAUGCUUGGUUUCUGUUGAAUAAUAAAUGUGAUAUGAAUACAUGAAAAAAUGUUCAAAUACAUAAUGAGUAACCAUUCUAGCUUGUUAGCUGUUUUUGUUGUUUUUCACAUUGCAAAAAAUUUCAAACAAAUACAAGAGUACAUAAAAGAGUACAGGAAGACCUCAUUUUAUUGGACUUUGCAGAUUUUUUUUUUUAACAAAUGGAAGGUUUGUGGCAAUCCCAUGUGGAGCAAGUCUCUUAGUACCAUUUUUCCAACAGCGUGUGCUCACUUUGUGUGUCUACAUCACAUUUUAGUAAUUAUUGCAAUAUUUCCGACUUUUUCAUUGUUAUUAUAUCAGUUAUGGUGAUCUGCAAUCAGUGAUCUUUAAUGUUACUGUUGUAAAUGUUUUGGGGCACCAUCAACCUUGCUCAUAUAAGAUGAUGAACUUACUUGAUAAAUGUGUGCGCUCUGACUGCUCCACCCACUGGCCAUUCUCCCGACUCUCUCCCUCUCCUUGGGCCUUCCUAUUCCUUGAGACACAACAAUAUUGAAAUUAAGCCAACUAAUAACCCUACAAUGGCCUCUAAGUGUUCAAGUAUAAGGAAGAGUCGCAUGUCUCUCACUCAAAAUCAAAAGCUCACUUGAAAUUAAGCUUAGUGAGGAAGGUGUGUUGAAAGCCCAGACGGGCUGAAAGCUAGGUUUCUUGUACCAAAUAAUUAGCCAGUUGUGAAUGCAAAAGAAAUGUUCAUGAAGGAAAUUAAAAGUGCUACUUCAGUGGAUACACAAAUAAUAAGAAAUUGAAACAGCCUUAUUAGUGAUGUGGAGAAAGUUUGAGUGGUCUGGAUAGAAACCAGCUACAACAUUCUCUUAAGCCAAAGCCUAAUCCAGAGCAAGGCCCAAACUCUCUUCAAUUCUGUGAAGGCUGAGAGAAGUAAGGAAGCUGCAGAAGAAAAGUUGGAAGCUAGCAGAGGUUGCUUCAUGAGGUUUAAGGAAAGAAGCCAUCUCCAUAACAUAAAAGUGCAAAGCGAAGCAGCAAGUGCUGAUUUAGAAGCUGCAGUAAGUUAUUCAGAAGAUCUGGCUAAGAUCAUUGAUGGAGGUGGCUACGCUAAACAACAGAUUUUCACUGUAGAUAAAACAGCCCUCUAGAUGGAAGACCAUCUAAUUCUUUCACAGCUAGAGAGGAGAAGUCAGUGCCUGGCUUCAAAGCUUCAAAGGACGGGCUGACUUUCUUGACUUAGGGGCUAAAGCAGCUGGUGGCUUGAAGCUGAAGCCAAUGCUCAUUGACCAUUCCAAAAUCCCAAGGCCCUUAAGAAUAAUGCUAAAUCUACUCUGCCUGUGCUCUAGAAAUGGAACAACAAAGCCUGCAUGAGAGCACAUCUAUUUACAGCAUGGUUUCCUGAUUAUUCUAAGUUCACUGUUGACACCUGCUGCUCAGAAGGAUCCCAUUAAAAAUAUUACUGCUCAUUGACCCAAUAAUUCUGAGGGAGAUGUACAAGCAAAUUAAUGUUGUUUUCAUGCUCACUAAGAUAACGUUCACUCUGCAGCCCAUGGAUAAAGGAAUGAUUUCUAUUUUUAAGUCUUAUUACUUAGGAAAUGGAUUUUGUAAGACUACAGCUGCCAUAAAUAGUGAUUGCUCUGAUGGAUCUGGGAAAAGUAAAUUGAAAACCUUCUGGAAAGGAUUUAUCAUUCUAGAUACCGUUAAGAACACUUGUGAUUCGUAGGAGGAAGUAAAAAUGGCAAUGUUAACAGGUGUUUGGAAGAAGUUGAUUCCAGUCCUCUUGGAUGACUUUGAGAGGCUCAAGACUUCAGUGGAGGAAGUAACUGCAGACAUGAAGGAAACAGCAAGAGAACUAGAUUUAGAAGUGGAGCCUGAAGAUGUGAUUGAAUUGCUCCAAUCUCAUGAUCAAACUGGAAUGAAUGAGAAGUUGCUUCUUAUGAAUGAGUAAAGAAAAUUGUUCCAUGAGAUGGAAACUACUCCUGAUUAAGAUGCUGUGAACAUCGUUGAGACAACAACAAAGAAUUGAGAAUAUUUCAUAAACGUAGUUGAUAAGGCAGCAGCAGGGUUUUAGAGGAUUGACUCCAAUUUUGAAAAUUGACUUCUGCUGUGGGUAAAAUGCUAUCAAACAUCAUCUCAUGCUACAGCGAAAUCUUUCAUGAAAGGAAGAGUUCAACUAUGCAGCAAACCUCACUGUUGUCUUACUAAGAAAUGACUACAGCCACCUUAACCUUCAGCAAACACCAUACUGAUUAGUCAGCAGGCAUCAGCAUCCAGGCAAGACCCUCCACCAGCAAAAAGAUUAUGACUUGCUGAAGGCUCAGAUGAUCACUAGCAUUUUUAAGCAAUAAGCAACAAAGUAUUUUAUAAUUAAGGUAUGUACAUUGUUUUUUAGACAUAAUGCUACUGCACCCUUAACAGACACGUAUAGUGUAAAUAUAUAUAUAUUUUUUAGAUGGAGUCUCGCUCUGUUGCCCAGGCUGAAGUGCAGUGGCAUAAUCUUGGCUCACUGCAACCUCUGCCUCUUGAGUUCAAAUGAUUCUCAUGCUUCAGCCUCCCAAGCAGCUGGGAUUAUAGGCGCCCACUACCACGCCCAGCUAAUUUUUGUAUUUUUAGUAGACACGGGAUUUCACCAUGUUGGCCAGGCUGGUCUUGAACUCCUGACCUCAAGUGAUCUACCCACCUCAGCCUCCCAAAGUGCUGGGAUUACAGGCGUGAGCCACCACUCCUGGCCCAUAAAUAUACUUUUAUAUGCAUUGGGAAACAAAAAAAUUUGUGUGACUCACUUUAUUGCAUUAUUUGCUUUCUUGCAGUGGUCUGAAACCGAGCCCACAAUGUCUCUAAGUAUGCCUGUAUAUGAAACCCCAUGUAUCUUUCAUCCAGCUUCAGUGAUUGUCUACUCAUGGCCAAUCUUCUUUAAUUUAUACCCCCCACUGACAAUUCCCCCAGUUGGAUUUUUUAAAAGCAAAUUCAAGCCAUCAAAUAAUUUCAGCCUAAAAUAUUUUGUUGUGUAUCUUUAAAAGAUAAAGACUUGAAAGAAUUAGAACACCAUUAUUAUAACUUAAAAAUUUACAAUUAUUUUUGAAUGUCAUCGAAUACCUAAUCAGUGUUCAAAUUUCCCCAAUUUUCCCCCAUCUCACUCUCUCUUAUUUUUUCUUCUUUGUUUGGUUUGAAUCAGAAUCCAAAUAAGAAUUACAUUUUGCCAAUUGCAUCUUAAAUUUCUAGCUGUUUCAUACUAUAUUUUGAGAGGCAGAUGGUUGGCAAACUAUUCAUGGUAGCAGAUUCAUAAUUAUUAAAUUUUACUUUCCAAACAAAUAUGUUUUACAAGAUUUUUCUCCUUCUCUAUUAGUUCCCUGAAGCCCUACUACUUCCCUGGAAUUAAAAACUUAUAUUUUUCCUACUUUUAGAAUACUAUUAGGGAUUUUUCCAAAACCAGACUUAGAGAAAAGGAGAGAGAGAUCUUUAAAAGACUGUUUAGUUGAGAAUUAUCUGUUGCAGAAUAAUUUCAAGAGUAUCAGGAAACCUUGGCAAUCUUCAACAUUUUUGGCUUGGUCAGUAAAGCUUUUUAGAAAAAAAAUUAUUGUUUUCCUUCAGAGAUCAUAAAAACCCCUUUGAACAUCUCAAAAGCAUGAACCAGUCUCCUCUUUCAGAAAUACAAGAGCAAAGCCUCUUGCUUUACAUUAAAAUAUUACCUGAUAUAAUUUACCUCUCAGAUGUUAUUGACUGUGGGCCUCUUUAUCAAUGAGCUCUCAAUUUUUUGAAUUAAAAAUGAAUAUAUUUUCUGGACAUACCUACAGCUCUUCCUCUGAAGGUGGAUAUGAAUAAGUGUAUGUGUGUAUUCACCUACACCCUUAUUAGGGAAUGUGAUUUAUGAAUUUCUUGCCCACUUACUGCUUGUAAAUCAUCAAGAGUUUUAUGUCCCAAGCAGUCAGCAGUGGUUAUAAAAUCAACAGAGGGAUGUACUAAAUAAACCUGUACUGGAUUGCUCCUAAGGAAUUGAUGACAAGUCAGAAAGUGCAGACAGCUCCACUGGAAUGAUUCUCACCUGCCUUUGGGAAAGCACAAAGGUCUCAGAUAGGGAAAUUUUUUUGUCUUGAGCUUUUAAGAUUAAUUACCAGAUGAUCUGGUAAGGAAAUUAGUUUUCUAGGUUCCAGAAGUUUUCUAUAACAAAAAAAUUUGCCCGCUAUCACAAAGCCUACACAUGUGUAAAUCACAGAUGCAAACAAAUAUGUGCUCUGGAAUUUGUGCUUAUAUACAAGGUAUGAGAAGAUGGAGAUUUUCCUUUUCCAACCCUGCAAUUCACUAGUUUAAAAGAACUAAUUCAAAAGGGAUAUAGAUACAUAUACACACAUAUGUAUACAUAUAAUAUAUAUACAACUAUAUGUGUGUGUGUGUAUAUACUUAUUUUUUUCAAAUAUAUGAAAUAUCUCUUGAAGAAUACAUAAGAACUAGUGAUAAUUAUUUCUGGAGUGGAGGAUGGGAGACUCAUUUUUCACUUUACUUGAUGGCGAUAAAUGAUUUUUUUAAACCAUGUUCAUAUAUUAACUGUUGAUAAAAUUAUUUUUGGAAUAAAGGAGGAAAAGAAGGAAAUGAUCUGUCUCUGUGUACUUCUGUUAAUCUCAUCUUCUUCAGUCCUGGCGUUUUCAUUGCAUCAUCAUGCUGCCGCUUACAUAUGUCAUAGGUAAACAUGCAAGACACAU